AUGGGCAGCACAGACAAGCAACGGAAUUUUCACCAUCCAUACACACCCUAUGACAUACAAAAUGAAUUCAUGAACGCUGUAUACGAGUGUCUGGAGAAUGGUCAAGUCGGCAUUUUCGAAUCACCGACUGGGACCGGCAAGUCACUGAGUUUGAUCUGCGGGUCCUUGACAUGGUUAAGAGAGCACAAGAGGACGACGUUUGAAGAAGGAUUCGCUGCCGAUGCAGCUAACAGCGACGAGCCGUCAUGGAUUGUCGAACAUGCACAGAAGCAGCGCAAGCAAGAGGCGCUUCGUCGCAAACAAGAGUUGAAUGAACGCAUCGCAAAGAUAAAAGCAAAAGAAAAGCGUGCGAAAGAGCGGUAUGAGGGCGGCGAGCCAAGCUACAAGAGACAAAGGACCGCGCCCGGCGAGACGAAUGAUGAUAAUGAAGCGCAAUUCGUGCUUGACGACUACGAAAGCGAUCAAGAAUCUCACAAGAGAGCAAGAGCCGGUGUCUUUGACGAGUCUGGACUAUCAGCAGAGACACAGGCACUAAUGGCGUCACUGGGAUAUGCUGACGACUCUUCGAAAGCUGACGACGGGGAGGCACCUGAUGAGACCAAGAUUUUCUUCUGCUCACGUACACACUCUCAACUGACACAGUUCUCGAGUGAGCUGAGCCGGGUCAGGAUGCCACCCGCCAUCACCCCGGAUGACACGGACUGCAGUGAGGUAGACUCACUCGUGGAAGAUGUCAAACACCUUACGCUAGGAUCCAGGAAGAAUCUCUGUAUAAAUAGCAAAGUCAAUAAGCUUGGAAGUGCCACUGCUAUCAACGAACGAUGCCUAGAGCUGCAGCAAAACAGCAACACCGGAAGUCGAUGCCCACAUAUGCCGACCAAAGAAAGCGAACCUCUGAUCAAUGACUUCCGUGAUCAUGCGCUUGCAAGGAUCAGAGACAUUGAGGAUCUGGGGUCGCUGGGUAAGAAGCUGGGGGUGUGUCCUUACUAUGCCUCAAGACCAGCGACAAAGUAUUGCGAGAUUGUGACGUUGCCGUAUCCACUGCUCUUACAACGCACUGCUCGCGAGGCACUUGGGCUGUCCCUCAAAGAUCACGUCAUCAUCAUUGACGAAGCACAUAAUCUUAUGGACGCCAUAGCAGGCAUAUAUUCCGUUUCUGUGACGCUCAGUCAAGUGCAGCAAGCGCGUGCUCAACUGACAGCCUACCUUCAAAAGUUUCGUAAUAAGCUAAAGGGCAAGAACCGAGUCUAUGUUGCCCAGACAGUUCGGAUCCUGGAUUCAAUCAUUGCAUACUUGCAAGGCAUUGAUGCCAAUCCAAAAGCGACUGAUGGCCUGGUCGACAUGGUGUCUAUAAUGUCUGGAAAAGGCGUUGACCAGAUCAACAUCUUCAAGCUCGACACAUACCUUCAGGAAAGCAAACUCGCCCGAAAAGUUGAUGGAUAUACUGCUUACACCGAGCAAAUGAUCAACGAGUCGGCAAAGCAAUCGUCCAAGAAGGCGCCCCGUCACAACAUCCCGGUGUUGAUGCACGUUCAGGCAUUCUUACUCUCCUUGAUGAACCCAUCUGCGGAAGGUCGGUUCUUCUACUCAAAAGAGGAUGGCGCGGAUACGACGCUGCGAUACAUGCUCCUUGACCCGACCUUUCAUUUCAAAGACAUUGUUGAAGAAGCAAGAGCAGUCGUAUUGGCGGGUGGUACAAUGUCUCCAAUGAGCGACUAUGAACAGCAUUUGCUUUCGUAUCUCGAGCCUUCGAAAAUCACAACGUUGUCUUGCGGGCAUGUCAUACCGCCUUCCAACCUUCUUGCUGUGCCCGUUGUUCAAGCAACGAGCGGUGCCGAGUUCGACUUUACGUUUGAGAACCGCAACAAAGAGAAGACAUUGGUUGACCUCGGCGUUGCCAUUUCAGCAUUUGCUCGAGACGUACCCGAUGGCGUGGUGGUUUUCUUUCCCAGCUACUCAUACCUGGACACUUGCAUUGCGGCGUGGAAGCGCCUGAAGCCACUGCACUCGAAUACCACCUUCUGGGAUACCUUCAACCACAAAAAGCCAGUCUUUUUGGAGCAACGCAGUCAGCAACAGAGCCCCGACGUGCCAUCAGCAGCGAAAGAGGCGGCUGUCGACUCGGUCCUCAAUGCUUACAGUACGGCCAUCGCAUCUGGCAAUGGCCGUGGUGCGCUGCUCUUUGCCGUUAUCGGCGGGACACUAUCCGAAGGCAUCAACUUUAGCGACGCACUCGGCCGUGGUGUUGUGGUCGUCGGCUUGCCAUUUCCCAACGCACAUUCAGCGGAGUGGAAAGCAAAGAUGCAGUACAUCUCUGCCAAAGAAGCAAAAGCUGGUGGCGACGGCAAGGCUGCAGCACGCGAGUUCUACGAGAAUGCAUGUAUGCGCUCUGUGAAUCAAUGCGUGGGGCGGGCUAUCAGACACAAAGGUGAUUAUGCGGCUAUAUUGAUGCUGGAUCGACGAUACGGGAGCAAGCGGAUACAAGAUAAGCUGCCAAAGUGGAUAAGGGGGAGUCUGACGUGUGGACUGGGCGUCAAGGAUCGUGGUGAAGACAGGGGUGCAUACACGACCGUCGCGCAAACCGAGGAUACAAGCGCAAGGUUGACUGUGCAUGGCAAGGUCGCAGGCGAGGACGACGAGGCCAACUUUGAACCACCUGUCCAUAUCGGAUCCGUCCCAACACCAGAAGACGAUCUCUUUCUUCCACGGGUCCCUGAUACCCUGCCUCGGGGCGCCUUCUUGGUCGCUAUCGUGGAGCUCUGCGAGCGCUUCGCCUACUAUGGCCUAUCCGGACCUUUCCAAAAUUACAUUGCCAAUGGAUACGAUGAUCCCAACGGCCUUCCGGGAGCACUCGGCUUGAAGCAGUCCGGCGCCACGGCCAUGACCAACUUUUUCCAAUUCUGGUGCUAUGUAACACCCUUGCUAGGCGCUGUCAUUGCGGACCAGUACCUGGGCAAGUACGCUACGAUCAAGUGGUUCAGCCUCGUGUACAUGGCAGGCAUUGUGAUUCUUUUUGUUACGAGCUUGCCAUGGUCUGUACGAAGCGGAGCUGCCUUUCCAGGACUCAUUACUGCCAUGCUGGUUAUUGGGCUCGGUACUGGCGGCAUCAAGAGCAAUGUGUCGCCGUUGAUUGCGGAGCAAGUUCGGUCCAACAAGCCCUUUGUCAAGACUUUGCCUGACGGAAAGAAAGUUAUUGUCGAUCCAGAGCUCACAGUGCAGAGAAUCUACAUGGUGUUCUACAUGUGCAUCAAUGUCGGCUCGAUAUCUGCAAUCGCAACCACAAUGCUCGAGUCGCAUGUCGGUUUCUGGAGCGCAUAUCUCCUACCACUGGUCAUGUUCUGUGUCGGUUAUGUGAUCUUAGUACGAGGAAAAAGCCAAUACAUCAUCAAGCCGCCCCAAGGAGGCGUCAUUGGCGACUGUUUUCGGGCUUUGUACAUUGCCGCAAGGAACGGUGGGGACCUCAACAAGGCAAAAGCUUCAGCCCAAGGACAUGGAAGAGGCAGGUCAAGAGUGACAUGGGACGACAAAUUUAUCGACGAGCUGAAGACGGCACUGGUAGCGUGUAAGGUCUUUUUAUUCUUUCCCGUCUACUGGGUUACUUUCUCGCAAAUGAUGAACAACUUCAUCUCGCAGGCUGGACAGAUGGAGCUACAUGGCCUUCCGAACGACAUCCUUCCCAACCUCGAUCCUAUUACCAUCAUCAUACUCAUCCCACUCAUGGACCGCAUCAUCUACCCGUUUAUCCGCACUCGCUUACACUUCGCCUUCCUGCCGAUAACGCGCAUUUCGCUCGGCUUCAUGAUAGCUGCGCUCGCUAUGCUGUACGCCGGCGUUCUCCAGACCUUUAUCUAUGCAGCACCACCAUGCUAUUAUAGUCCCUCGAACUGCAACGCGGGCAAAAUCGCAGAAGGAAGGUUCAAGCCAAAUGAAGUUCACGUUGCAUGGCAGGCCCCAGCGUAUAUACUUGUUGCUAUCAGCGAAAUCCUCGCAAGCAUCACCGGCCUGGAGCUGGCAUAUGCGAAAGCACCCGAGAACAUGAAGAGCUUCAUCAUGAGUCUGUUUCUACUUACCAGUGCCGGCGGCAGCGCGAUAGGCAUACUCAUUGCGCCUCUGGCGAGGGACCCGCAUCUCCAAUGGCUAUACUUUGGAUUGGCAAUUGCGGCGGGCGUUACCGGUGCCGUUUUCUACCACAUGUUCAAAAAUAUGGAUGAUAGUCCGGCCAAGGCCGUGCAACACGCGGAUGAAUAUGAAAUGGCGGCAAGGCUGAGCAAAGAUAGUGAUGGCUACUCUAGCGAAGACGAACGCACUCGAAGCGGACCUGCAUAA